GAAGGCCCCAAGUUAAUGAGGCGUGCGCCGGCCGCCGAGCGCCUCCCGGAGCUGGGCUUUUCCCCGCGGCGCGGGCGCCAGGAGCCGCCUUUUCCGCUGGGUGUCACUCGGGGGUGGGGCGGAUGGCCCAUUCAAAAGCGCCGCGAGGGAGCCCGGCCAGUGCCCUUCAGUGAGCGCUCGCCGGAGGACGGCAGCGGCCCGGCAGCUCGCACCCCCGGGACCUGGCGGCGCAUCAGGACGCGGCUGCAGCUGUGCCGGGACCCCGCGCCGCCGCCGCCGCCGCUCUGCCUCCUGCGCGUCAGCCUCCUCUGCGCGCUCCGGGCCGGCGGCCGUGGGAGCCGCUGGGGCGAGGACGGCGCGCGGCUGCUGCUGCUGCCCCCGGCCCGGGCGGCCGGAAACGGAGAGGCCGAGCCCGUCGGCGGCGCCCCUUAUGCCGGGAGGAUGCUGGAGAGCAGCGGCUGCAAGGCGCUGAAGGAGGGCGUGCUGGAGAAGCGCAGCGACGGGCUGCUGCAGCUCUGGAAGAAAAAGUGCUGCAUCCUCACUGAAGAGGGGCUGCUGCUCAUCCCGCCGAAGCAGCUUCAGCACCAGCAGCAGCCACAGCCCGGGCAGGGGACAGCCGAGCCGUCCCAACCCAGCUGCCCCGCCGUCGCUGGCCUUGAGCCACCGGUCAAGCUCAAGGAAUUGCACUUUUCCAACAUGAAAACGGUGGACUGCGUGGAGCGCAAGGGCAAGUAUAUGUACUUCACUGUGGUGAUGGCAGAGGGCAAGGAGAUCGACUUUCGGUGUCCGCAGGACCAGGGCUGGAACGCCGAGAUCACGCUGCAAAUGGUGCAGUACAAGAACCGUCAGGCCAUCCUGGCGGUCAAGUCCACGCGACAGAAGCAGCAGCACCUGGUCCAGCAGCAGCCCCCACAGCCGCAGAUCCAGCCCCAGCCCCAGCCCCAGCCCCAGCCCCAGCCCCAGCCCCAGCCCCAGCCCCAGCCCCAUCCCCAGGCUCAGCCCCAGCCCAAGCCGCAGCCUCAGCCUCAGCCUCAGCCGCUGCACCCGUACUCACAUCCUCACUCUCACUCGCACUCGCACCCGCACCCGCACCCGCACCCGCACCCGCACCCGCACCCGCACCCACACCAACCGCCGCAGUCGCAGCCGCUCGUCCAGCCGCACGGCCACCGGCUUCUCCGCAGCACCUCCAACUCUGCCUGAAGUGGGCAGCGCCCGGGCCAGACGAGGUUUUGAGGACUCGAGGAAGCGGGACGAACACAGUUCUAUUGUCUUUCCUUGGAUCAAAAAACAAAACAGUCUCCCCGCCCCGCGCCAGAUCGAGUAGUUUGGACAUCACCUGACUGAUAACUUGCGAUUCCUUGGUUUUCUGCAUAUUCAUCAUCACCGUGCAGGAAGCGAUUCCAAGUCGAGAAGACUUUACUUAUGAACCUUUGAGAGGAUCUUAUAAUGUAGUGGACCUUCUAGGAGCGAUGAUGUACUGUAAUUUUAUUUUAAUGUAUUUUGGUUUAUGAUUAUUUAUUAGUUUUUUAAUGCUUGUUCUAAGACAUUUCUGAAUGUAGGCCAUUUUUCAAAAAAGAAACUUUAUUUUUAAAAACCUACCCCGUAGUAAGUUCUAAUCUUGGGAAAGAAAAAACGGGUGAUGGAAGGGAAAACAUUAAAAAUUCAUUCAAUAUUCCUAAGGCAUUUUCAGAAGGUCUGACACUUUCAAUGUUAUGAAAUGUGGUUGAAAUUAAACUCUUGAUACUACUUUUUUCUCUGAGGUUUCCUCCUUAAAUAUAUUCUUUGUAUAAAAGCUUUUUAAAACUAAAAGCUCAAAAUUGUGUAAUUAUAACUAUAAUGCUCAAUAUAAUACUUUUCUAAAAGAAAAGCAGUAGUAAUGAUACCUGCUUUCAAAAUAUAUAAGACAUAAACCCGAUUGAGGGCAAGAUGAUCAUGUCUUAUAUGUCGUAGGACUGGGUUUACUUAGGAGCUUCUGUCAUCUGUGUGAAAGUUUAAUAAGAAUCCUUUUGGAGCUGGGCGUGUAGCUUGGUGUUGAGCGUGCCGGGCUCGGAGUUUAACCCCUAACACCAGGGG